AUGCAUCGCACUUUGAAAUCACGCCGUUUGGCACGGGGCCAGCCGCCUAAUGCAAUCAACAACUUUCGCGGCGAGACCCAUCCGGAUUACCGGAGUUCUCUUCAGGAGAGCCUGACGUCGUCUCUGCGUCUCCAGCAAGCGCUCUCAUCUCUCGUCGGUGGCUUCUCCCUCACUUUGGUCUGGCUCUCUGCCUCCUCCACUUUUUCUCCAGUCGCUUCCGGCGCUGCUCUCGUCCCUUUGGGCCAAUUUAGUAAUGUACUCGAAAUUUUUCGGUUUCGUGCCAAGCUUUUAUUUGAAAACGUUGGCUUCUCUUUCAGUUUUUUUUUUUCAUUCUUCUCCGUUUUCGAUUUUUUUUUAAAGUUUUUUUUUCUCUAAUAAAACUUUUCUGGCUUUUAAAUUUUUUUUUACUUGCUAUUGAUUAUGUUAGUUGAUGUUGCCCAGCCAAAAUGUAUUUUGGUUCUAUUCUUCAUCUAAGUUUCCUUCAGCUUGGGAAAAUUAUUUUUAGUUUUUAUUUAGUCUAUUUUCCCGUUUUAGUCAACCAUUUUCAUAUCGAAUCGAGCCCCUUUUAGAUGACGGAUAGUUUUUUUUUUCACGUUCCUCCUGCUUUCAAAUUUGGAAAACUUUGAAAUUCAAAACUUUUAUUUUCAUUUUUUUCGGUUAUUCAUCUUUUUUCGACUCGCGUUCACGAUAGAUUGCUUUAUUUCUUGUGUUAAGCGUAGAAAUUAACGAAGUCGAGUAAUAUAACUUGAAGUUUCACGAUUUGAAGAAAGUUUGUUUCACUAGCUCAUGCAUGAACUAGAACUGUCCUCCCAGUUUUUGCACUUUUUCUUUUUUUCUUCCCACCCUCCGGCCGGAUAUUUGAGCCUAGGAAAAUGUUGCGGUUUCGCGCUGCAGGUGCUGCUGAAAGAUUCACGAGAGCCGGCGGCCGAAUUGCGUGCCGAACUCGCAUUUUUCCUCUGA